GCAGCCCGCAAUGAGACGCACGCCAUAUUAUCAUGGCCGCCAAAUUUCUGAGUUGUGCUUUAUCAUCGACCGAGAUUAAAACUUAAAGCUAAAAAUAAACAAAAAGUGCGACAAUUUUAUUAUUUUUUUAGGAUUUAUUUGAGGUUUUUCAGUACGUCGCCAACAAUGAAGAUCACACUAAAGAAUUUGCAACAACAAACCUUUCAGGUUGAAAUAGACUCCUCAAAAUCGGUUAAGGAAUUGAAACAGAAGAUCGAAGCGGAGAAGGGCAAAGACUACUCUGCCGAAAAUCAGAGGUUAAUCUACGCAGGUAAAAUACUGACGGACGACAAUGCAAUCUCCGAGUACAAUAUUGACGAAAAGAAGUUCAUCGUCGUUAUGGUCACCAAACCAAAACAGACCGAGAAGGCGGAUAGCGGUGACGGGGGCAACGUGACGUCCGCGCCCGCUGCCACGACCACCACCACCACCACCACAACGACAGCGGCGUCGGUACCGGCGCCCCGGACCGAAACCAGCGUGCCGCCGGUCGAGUCGAAUAUAUCGAGCGCCGAAUCCGCCCUACUCAUGGGGGAGGAGUACCAGACGAUGGUUAGAAAUAUUAUUGACAUGGGCUACGAAAAGGAGCAGGUGGAGGCGGCGCUUCGAGCGAGCUAUAACAAUCCGGAUCGUGCUGUAGAAUAUCUCAUUAACGGAAUUCCCUCCAUCGCCGACGAACAAGAGGCGGUAAGCGAGACGGCGGACAUGUCGGGUAUUGACGAGCGACAAUCGGACGCCGACGACCCCCUCGCGUUUCUACGCGUUCAGCCCCAAUUCCAGCAGAUGCGAAGCGUAAUUCAGCACAAUCCGCAGCUGCUGAACACGGUGCUGCAACAAAUCGGGCAGACGAAUCCCGCCCUACUUCAGCUCAUAUCCGAUAAUCAGGAGGCUUUCGUGCGGAUGCUAAACGAGCCGGCGCAAGGACCACCGGCCACACAGGGAUCCACGCCCGCAGCGGCACCAGUCGGUGGCCAAGCGGCCGGUUUGCAGCAGCCGGGCGUGUUUCAGGUGACCCAACAGGACAGGGACGCGAUCGAGCGACUGAAGGCGCUCGGAUUCCCCGAACAUUUAGUAGUGCAGGCUUACUUCGCGUGCGAGAAGAACGAAAAUUUAACCGCAAACUUUCUGCUAAACCAAACCUUUGAGGAUUAACGACUCUGUUCCUUGUUUUCGCAAUUAUAUAUUGUUGUAAAUGUAA